AUGCCUCCAAAAGCUCAAACACCAUCAAAAGGUUCAAAAAAAGCUGUUACCAAAACUAGCAAAGGUUCAGCUGGACCUAAAGGUGAAAAAAAACAAAGACGUCGACGAAAGGAAACCUAUUCAAUCUAUAUCUACAAGGUUCUUAAACAAGUUCAUCCAGAUACUGGUAUUUCAUCGAAAGCUAUGUCGAUCAUGAAUUCAUUCGUCAACGAUAUCUUCGAACGUAUUGCUGCUGAAGCUUCACGUUUAUCACACUACAAUAAACGAUCAACAAUUUCAUCACGCGAAAUUCAAACAGCUGUUCGACUUUUGUUACCUGGUGAAUUAGCUAAACAUGCUGUUUCAGAAGGUACAAAAGCUGUUACAAAAUAUACAAGUGCCAAAUAA